AUGGCGGCAACAGAAAAGCGCCCCGAGAUUAUCGAACUCUCCCGUGGAUUGCGGGGUAUCCCACAAUGUGAAGACUACGAGCGCAUGAUUUCAGGCAUGAUGUACAACCCGAAUAAACCAGAAUUGCUCGAAGCACGUCAUCGUUGCCGCGGUCUGGCCGCAGACUAUAAUAAUCUGGACACAAGGACCGUAUCGUACGACCAAAUAUUCAACAAGAGACUAGAAUUACUUCGCAAAGUGGUGGGCAGGGUAGGCGAGGGCACCUUUGUGGAGCCGCCAUUUCUGCCAGACUACGGUUGCAAUAUCAUCAUUGGAAGCAAUUGCUUCAUUAAUUGGAACUUGACUGUCCUGGACACAAGUCUUGUUGUUAUCGGAGACCGGGUGCAGAUCGGACCCAAUGUGAGUAUUUUCAGCGCUGGUCACGAUACGAGCGUACUUUCACGUCAGAAGUUCGUGGAGUUUGGACAUCCGAUCUUCAUCGAAGAUGAUUGCUGGAUCGGCGGAAACGUGGUGAUUCUUCCCGGAGUUCGAAUCGGCAAGGGGUCGACGAUUGGUGCCGGAUCUAUCGUAACCAAGGAUAUUCCACCGUACUCUGUUGCCGUUGGUAGCCCUUGCCGCGUCAGGAAGACCAUCCAGUCCCCGGAGGAAGAGGCGCAGGACCCAAAUAACCCGUACCGGAACUUGGUUCGUGAGGACCGGUAG